GCGGAGCGUUAUCUUGCGUUGGUGUGAACACUCAUUACACUUAUCUCUAUAAUAAUGUAAACGGCACUUUAAAAGAAUAGCGGCGUCCAGUAUUAUAGCGAAAUGUCGUUGGAAACGAUUUGUUUCCAGCUGAUGAACGAUAGAGAUGCUGGCAACCAAUCAGAAUCCACUCAAAUUAAAGCGACACGACAAAAAAAAACAAAAACUGCGCGCUCUUAGAAUAACCGCUAUUUAGUUAUAAUUAUCGUUUUUGGUGUGAAGGAGUCUGAACUGUCCAGAAACCACUGUAGCACAAUGUUACAUUACAAAACGAAAAGAAAAGGCAAACACAUGCGAUGCCGCGAUGUAGGCUAAAGCAUGGUAUUACCGUGGUAACGUUACUUCUGUAGGUGUGCCGCGUGCGUCUGACAUUCCAGCUGAGCGUGACGCAGGAGCUCCUCAUUAAGCUAAUGCACUGAUCUGAGAUCUGAUACAGUCAACCUCCAGCAGCGUCAGAUCACUUACAGACGCGGAAACAAACACCUGCUGGAAGCGAGCGAGGCGUUCGACGCGCCGUCGUGAUGUAGCAACGCGCCGCGGAGGAACAUCGAGCCGCAGGUGAGACAUCUGAUGCUCCGCCGAUGAUGAAGAUGAUGAAGGGUUGCGCUGAUCUGCGGACUGUGGCGAAGACGCGGCUCUACUGAUGGCGGUGUUUGUGGUGUCUGGAGCGGUUCUGGUGCUGUUUUGGUGUUUUCCAGGCCAUCGUGUGUAUGUCCGACAUGAAUGCGCUGCUGGACCGAUUUCACAACUUCAUCCUGCCGCGCAUGCGCGGACCGGAGCGCGUGUGUCACUGCACCUGCGGCAGGCACCAUGUGGAGUACGUGAUCCCGUACGAGGGCUCGGUCUCGGCGAGCUCCGUGGGUUCCUCCGCCGGGAGCAGUGUGAGCAAGCAGGAGCUGGACCUGGUGCUGGGUCUCCUGAUGGGCUUCUGCAUCAGCUGGAUCCUGCUGUGGCUGGAUGGAGCUCUUCACUGCGCACUGCGCUUAUGGAGGUCCAGCAGACACUACGGUGCGGACGGCGAUGUGUGGCGCUCGUGGCGCUGGGUGUCGCGCGUGUGUAGCCUGCGAGAGCUGCGCAGACGCCUGCAGACGCGCCAGACGGAGGACGGCGGGAAUAACGUGGUGCAUGUCAAACAGAAGCUCUUCCACAACGGCCACCCGAGCCCUCGGCGCCUCUGACAGACUCUCUUCUGCUCGCUGUGUGGCUUCACUGGUGUCCUGAGUGUUCGUUUUGUAGGGUCUACACGUCACCGGGUGGGGGGGCAUUUUUUAGACCAAUCUUUGUGUACCGGGUAACAGUGUCUGUUUUAGAAACACAGCAUGCUGGGUAGUCUUCAGUGAAUGGGUGUUGACCCGUUCGGUGGCUUUGGUUUCAGAUGUUGUUCACUGUUCUUCACCAGGACAAACUCAAGAACAUGGAAAUAUCUCAGUGUGGUUUGUGUUCGCAGUCCUGAAGCGCUCAUAUUCAUGAAAAGUUCAGUGUGUUUGUUCUCUCUUUCUGAAUGAGACUCUUCCUGUUCCUUCUGUUUAUUUAUUAUUCAUUUACAUAUUUUGCUUAAUAACACUAAUUUCAUGGUAAAUAUAUGUAGUAAUUAAAAAUGUAUUACCAUUACCCGAUUUCCACAUGAACUUGUUUUAAAUCAUCCACAUUUAAAUUUCUGCUUUGAAAUGAAUCAUGUUAAUAUUUCAGUAAGUUUUAAAUGUAGGUAUUUGCCUAAAUAUACUUAGUAUACACAUAUUAGAAAUAAAUCUAUAUAAUGUUUACACAUUUUACAGCUUUCUUAUUUUUUUCAAAUUUGAAACAGUUUUUAGGUAUUGAACUUCUGUCUUAAAAAAAACAACUGUUUAUUUUCCCCAAAUUUACAUUUAUGUAUUUUAAAUUUAGCUAUAUCUUCAUGUGUAUAUAUAUAUAAAACAUUUUGUUGAAAGAUGGGCAUGAUGUGAACUUUAAUAAAUGUGCAGGAAUUUG